AUGCAGAUCUUUGUUAAGACACUCACUAGAAAGACUAUUACUCUUGAGGUCGAGAGUUCUGACACCAUUGACAAUGUCAAAGCUAAGAUUCAGGACAAGGAAGGUAUUCCUCCAGAUCAGCAGAGGCUGAUCUUUACCAGAAAACAGCUUCAAGAUGGCCGAACUCUUGCUGACUACAACAUCCAAAAGGAGUCUACCCUCCACCUUGUCCUCCGUCUCUGCGGUGGUAUGCAAAUCUUUGUUAAAACUCUGACCGGAAAGACUAUUACGCUUAAGGUCGAGAACUCAGACACCAUUGACAAUGUCAAGGUAAAGAUCCAGGAUAAAGAAGGUAUUCCUCCUGAUCAACAAAGGUUGAUUUUUGCUGGCAAGCAACUUGAAGAUGAUAGAACUCUUGCUGACUACAACAUCCAGAAAGAGUCCACCCUUCGCCUUGUCCUCCGCCUUUGUGGUGGCAUGCAGAUCUUUGUCAAGACGCUUACCGGCAAGACAAUCACCCUUGAAGUUGAAAGUUCAGAUACCAUUGACAAUGUUAAAGUAAAGAUCCAAGACAAGGAAGGUAUUCCUCCAGACCAGUAGAGACUGAUCUUUGCUGGGAAGCAACUUGAGGACGGGAGGACAUUGGCAGAUUACAACAUUCAGAAAGAGUCAA